AUGUGCGGCGGACAGGACUUAUCCAACAAAUUCAUACAGGAGGAGACGAGCUGGGUUCAGUUCUCUCCGAAUUUACCCCUACAGUUUCAAUCAGAUUGGAACAAGUCCCAGCCUCUCCAACACACUGACAACCUUGCUAUCGAUCCAAAAUUGUAUGACUGUGGCUCUGGGACAGAUUGUGAGAACGAUAUUGAAGAACACUUUUCCGACGGUUAUCCUCCCAACGACUGCACCCUUCAAACCAGUUGGACACACCCAACGUUUCUCCUGCCCUCAAGCGAUGCUCACUAUGUGAACCAAUAUCCCACCUUUCAUGGAAGAACUUGUACACUGGGUGUUGAAUGUCCAUACUGGACUGCCGCCGUAUACUAUGUUGCGUUUUUAGAUACUUAG